CGAAGCAGACUCCGGAGAGCAAGCAAGGCGGCGGCAGAGAUGGCGCGCGGCGUGGCAGCGGCUACCAAGGGCGGCGCUGGCGCCGGGAAGAAGAAGGGGUCGGUCACCUUCGUGAUCGACUGCACCAAGCCCGUCGACGACAAGAUCAUGGAGAUCGCGUCGCUCGAGAAGUUCCUGCAGGAGCGCAUCAAGGUCGCUGGAGGCAAGGCCGGCAACCUUGGAGACUCCGUCACCGUCGCCCGCGACAAGAGCAAGGUCACCGUCACCUCCGACGGGGCCUUCUCCAAGAGGUACUUGAAGUACUUGACCAAGAAGUACCUGAAGAAGCACAAUGUGCGUGACUGGCUUCGGGUGAUUUCUUCCAACAAGGACCGCAGCGUCUACGAGCUCCGGUACUUCAACAUUGCUGAGAAUGAGGGCGAGGAGGAGGAUUAGAUGCAAUGCCUUGUUUCUAUCUCUUGUGAAACUUUGAACUUGCUGGGGCACUUAUGUAGUAGAGUUUUGAUGUUCAAUUUUCCACCAAUGUUUUGAAUUGUGGUGACUCUGGGUGAUGCGAUAACCAAGUUGAGAAAUUAUCUGUUCUUGUUGCUGUGGUUUGUAGA